CAGCCAUUCUCAGCUGCUGGGCUGGAGUCCCUCCAGGGGAGAGCAGAGGCAAUACAAACUCACCAGCUGGGUGCGAGAGCGAAGCCACCAAAACAGGAGCUCAGAGACACUUCUCAAGAAGAUUCUGCCUACUCAAAAAUCUUUAUUCUUUUUUGUUGAGGAGCUAGGUGUUCGCUGUUUUUUAUUUUCUUAUUUUAUUUAAAGGGAAACCAGUGAAUUGAAAAUGAGACUAAAUAUUGCCAUCUUCUUUGGGGCUCUCUUUGGUGCUUUGGGGGUUUUACUCUUUUUGGUGGCUUUUGGAUCAGAUUAUUGGCUUCUUGCGACUGAAGUGGGAAAGUGUUCAGGUGAACAGAAUAUAGAAAACGUCACUUUCCACCAUGAAGGAUUCUUCUGGAGAUGUUGGUUUAAUGGGAUUGUGGAAGAGAAUGAUUCCAAUAUCUGGCAGUUCUGGUACACCAAUCAGCCACCAUUGAAGAACUGCACGCAUGCUUACCUGUCGCCAUAUCCCUUCAUGAGAGGAGAGCACAACUCGACCUCCUAUGACUCUGCAGUUAUUUACCGUGGCUUCUGGGCGGUCCUGAUGCUUCUUGGGGUAGUUUCUGUGGUGACUGCGAGCUUUUUGAUCAUCUGCGCAGCCCCCUUCGCCAGCCAUCUUCUCUAUAAAGCCGGGGGAGGCUCCUACAUCGCAGCAGGCAUCCUGUUUUCCCUGGUGGUGAUGCUGUAUGUCAUCUGGGUCCAGGCAGUGGCUGACAUGGAAAGCUACAAAAACAUGAAAAUGAAAGACUGCUUGGAUUUCACCCCUUCUGUGCUGUACGGCUGGUCAUUUUUUCUGGCCCCAGCGGGGAUAUUUUUUUCUUUGCUAGCUGGAUUACUAUUUCUAGUUGUUGCACGGCAUAUUCAGUUACAUCACUAAUCAAACUGUUGCCACCAGUAUUUUCUUGAGAGAUUUUAAAACAGAGCAUUUUUUAAAAAAUUUUGUCUCCAUGAUCCUAGCAUAGAAUGAGUUGAUGUAACUUUUUAGCUGCUAUGUGAAUUAUGCAUUUUACUUGUGAUCUUCUCUAAUAAGAGGGUCCUAGAAUCUCUCCAGACUCCAUCUUGCUACCAUCUUAUCUAGUUUUUUAGGGAGCAGGUAACAUGGGCCUUCCCUUCACUGCACUUGUUAGAGUUUGCGGGUAACAAAGGCCUGGCAGUAGCAGAAAACAGUCACCAGGGGCAAAUCAUGAUUUGAGUUAAGCGUCCUCCUUGGCAUUCACUUCUGCUGCUAUUAAAAAAAUCCUUUGGAAUCCCGUAUCUGAUAACGAGGUUACUAUCCAGAAUAUAUUAAGAACUCCUGCAGCUUAACAACAAUAACAGCAACAACAACAAAGCAAAUACCAGAUUUAAAAAGGGGCAAAUGACCUGAGCGGACGUUUCUCCAAAGAUGAUGUACAAAUGGCCAAAGAAAAAAAAAAGUCCUUUGGAGAUUAUAAUUAAGAACAACAAACAAAUGUUGUCAGAGAAUUUACUCCAUUUCUUCUCCACACACAUAAAUAUCCACAUACACAUGUACUGACACCUGUGAGCAGAUUAUUCAUUAUUUAAAAAUAGACAGCAGUUGUUCUUGUAGCAGGGGCUGCGUGAACUCAUCAGUUACAGUGGGUCACAACAAAAACAACGUGCACUUAUCCCGCUUUCUUACCAAAAACAAGUUUGGUUAUGUAACGUAUUCACUUAAUUGUGCAUGCUUACAUAAAUCCUAAACUAUAUUUAAAAGAAGCAAAUCUGUACACCAAAUCACAUACAAUGAAGAUUGGAUUUUUAUGAACUUCAAGUGGGUUAAUUGUAUUUGUAAUAUGGUUGAAAACAUGUAAAAACCAAGCGCCUUCCCUUUGUACAUAAUUCUAUUCGAUAUUUUUAGAUUUCACUUAAAAAUUAUAUUGCUAAUAUGUUCAGCAUGUGAAAAUUUAUUGACGAAACGUGCUUUUAAUAUGCACUCAACUAUAAACUUUCAAAGUACUUCCAGAUGAGGCUAACAGCCUUGCUUUAUUAAAGACCAUGAAAUGUGAACUUUUCCCAGGACCUUAUGGAUUAUAGUCUUUCUGAUCAUUUGAUUCCCUUAACUAUCGUCCCUCCCUGUCUUCAGCUUUACAGCAGGUAUGUUAACAUUUACAGAUCUGCUCUUUCCUUUAACCUCUUGGAAGAUAACUUUUUGGGGGAUGGUUGUGGGAAUGAUUCUUUAUUAUUCACUAGAGUAGACAUUCUGCAUAUCAGAGAUUUUUGUUUGGCACUAAUUUUGAUUGAAAUCAAAUCCAUCUGAGAAUCCUAGGUCGUAUUUGCGUUUUGGAAGCCUCCUGACCGAGGAGUUCCCUGUUGGUGAAGGAACAGAGGCCCUGCGUGGUGUGCGGAGUGUGUUUCAGGCACAGCAUUUUACUCCGCAGCUGUUUGAAUACUGAGGGCCUGACUCGGAGGCACAUUAAACGGUGACCACCUAGAAGCCGCUGUAGGAUAGAGGCGUUGUUGCUUUCACCCCGGGGUCCCAUGAUGGGGAGAUUGCCUGAAUCUUCUCUGCACAUCUUGUACUUUCCAUUGAACCUUGUUUCAGUGGGAGGGCGCUCUGGGGGAAGAGUGAAGAUCUGAGGUAUCUGCAGAUCACCAGGGCAUUUUAAGGGUUAGUGACAGGACUUGCCUGUUUAAAAAAAAAAAAAAAAAAAGACUUCAGGGCCUUAACUGGUCUCUGAAGCUGUUUCAGUUUUAUCAUAAAUGUUUUCCUGGUCCUUUCCUUUGUCUUCUUCUGUUUCCUUUUUAUAUUGCUUCAUUUAUUUCUUUGCUUUUGGCUUGAUUAUUACAAAAAUAAUUAUGGGUUCUGUUAUGCAUAUUGACUGUGAUAUUAAGUUGUGGCAUGCUAUUAAGUUUUCCAGACGAUGCUAGAUGUAUUUGCUUAGUUCAUGUCAUCUGUAAAUACAAUUCCUUUUUGUGGAACUUUGGAAUGGAGCCUUUUUCUGUGUAUUAUAUACAUCAUUUAAAUUUCACAUGCAAGCUGCUUUUAGUAAAGGUUUGAAUAUUUGUAGUUUUCAGAUGGUUAAUCGUACUUUCUAAUACUUAUGCGACUACCAUAUAUUUAUCUUAAGGCAAUUGGCUGAAUAUCUGAUGUACAUGACACUUUUACACAGAUCCACACUUUGGAAGUGUUUCAUAGGUGUAAUGCAUCGGUCACAUGAGUUCAAACACAUUUCCUGACCUAUUUCACCAGCAAUCCAUGGAAGAAAGGAAGGUGAGUUGUAUUUGCUGUGUCAGUGAGUAAAAUAUACUUAAAAAUAGCAGAUAUAUUCUCGUCACAGCCUUCUAUCUCAUUUGGGGUAGUAUGUUUCCUUUUAUUUCUCUAUUUGGUGUAUUGAUUUAUUUCCAAAAGCUUUCAAAUGAAGUCUUAAAAAUCUUUUUAAGAGGAUUGAUUUUGCGUCAUAAAGUUUCAGUUCAACAAAUAAGAUAUCUUUUUGGUGACACUUCUAGAAAGAGUGAGGAAAGAGGGCAGUGAGUUAUGUCCUUGGACUUUGGUGAAGGCUGUGAUCUCUGCAUAUCGUGUUUGCCCAAGGAGUUUAGUUCAGUCGUGUGGCAGGGAGCACAGGAAACUGGCUAGGAAACCCUCCAGAGACAAUGAAUGAAGGUGUUCAAUUUGGGGUUGAGCGUAGGACUUUAAAUAAUACUAUUAGGUGUGCUCUUACUGGUCAUUGGCUGCUUUUAUGACUAAUCUAUGAAAUGUAUUUACUGAAUUUGAAGAUUAAAUCCACUUACAAGAGUA